AUUCUGUCCUGUGGAUGGAUAAUAUACUUGACAUAUUACAACUCCCGGAAUAUUGGCCUCAUACUGACUCUGAUUAUCAACAGACUCUACAAACGUGGAUAUAUUCACAUAGGCUCGUUCUCCUUCUCCGUACUGUCAGGGAAGGUCAUGUUCCGGGACGUGUACUACAUCAACGAAGACAUGUCCAUCAGGAUCCAGGACGGCCUGCUGAUAUUUCGCUGGUGGAAAAUGUAUAACCCAAAUCAAAAAUUACAUGACCCAAAGGCUGAGACCAGACUGUACACGACUGUAAACGGGUUCGAGUUCCACGUCUACAACCGUUCGGGCCUGUACGCUCGGCUUCAGGACAUCUUUGGCCUGGAGCCGACGCUCGCACAGCCUAAGAAGGACGAGGAGAAGGGGAGAGAUGGUCAAGGGAAGACCCUUGAGAGCGUAACUAUCCAGACGGAGUCCCAAGAUGCUUCAUCCUCCUGGAGGUCACUCAUCCCAGUCAUCAAGGUCAACAUCAGCACUGGCCGCCUGGCCUUCGGGAACCACUACCUGCCGCAGACGCUGUGUGUCCACUUCGAUGACGCCUUCCUGACCUACGCCACCAAGCCUCCCUCCAGCCGGCUGGACCAGUUCAUGCACAUCGUGAAGGGCACGCUGGAGAACGUCCGCGUCAUGCUCAUGCCUAGCCCUCGCUACCUGGGCCUGCAGAAUGACGAGCCCCCAAGGCUCAUGGGAGAGGGAUUUGUGGUCAUGCAGUCCAACGAUGUGGACAUCUACUACUACAUGGAUGAGCCUGGCCUGGUCCCAGAGGAGCUGGAGAAUGGUGACGCAGAGGCCUGCGGUGAGGGCACCAAGCUACAGGACCUGCCGCCCUGCUGGGGCCUGGACAUCGUCUGCGGCAAGGGGACGGACUUCAACUAUGGGCCCUGGGCCGACCGGCAAAGGGACUGCCUGUGGAAGUUCUUCCUGCCUGCAGACUACCAGCCCAUGAAGGUGACGGAGAUGGCCGCCCCCGGGGAGCGCCGACAGAUCUUGGCCUUCGAGCUGCGCAUGAACAUCAUCGCUGACGCCACCAUCGACCUCCUGUUCACCAAAAACAGGGAAACCAACGCCAUCCACGUUAACGUGGGGGCAGGCUCCUACCUGGAGGUGAACAUCCCCAUGACGGUCGGAGAGGAUGGCUACUCCCCCACCAUCAAGGGCCAGCUGCUGCAUGUGGACACGACCAGCAGCAUGCAGUAUCGCACUCUGCUGGAGGCCGAGAUGCUCGCAUUCCAUGUCAACGCCAGUUACCCCCGCGUGUGGAACAUGCCCCAGUUCUGGCAGUGCGAAAUCGAGGUUUAUAAAGCCACCUACCACUUCAUCUACGCCCAGAAGAACUUCUUCACAGACCUGAUCCAAGACUGGGCCAGUGACAGCACCCCGGACAUCUACUCCUUCGUCCCCUACUCCUGGAAGUUCAAGGUCCUCUUCCACCAGUUUGAGAUGAUUUGGGCAGCAAAUCAGCACAACUGGGUGGAUUGCUCAACAAAGCACCAGGAGAAUGUGUACCUGGCUGCCUGCGGGGAGACGCUGAACAUCGACUUCACGCUUCCCUUCACCGAGUUCGUGCCCAACACGUGUAACACACGCUUCUCCCUGAGGGCCGAGGACACGGACUUGCACCUCGCUCUCCCUGAGUGCCACCCCAGCCGGUACCCACUCCUUACGCUGAUCAAAGGCUAUCAGGCUGGCAAGCCUGCCCCGGCAACUUGCGCUGCUGGCGAGGGCCAGACAGGGGUGCCGAAGGCCGAGAAGCCGCGCUGGAGGAAUAUCACCCAGGCUGAGGCUGGCUGGGUGGACUGCUGGUCCGUGCCCAAUUUCCUGCUGAUCAUCGACUACACCUGGCACCCCAUCUACCCACAGAAGGCCGACGAGCAGCUCAAGCAGUCGUUGUCGGAAAUGGAGGAGUCCAUGCUGUCGGUGUUGCGGCCCUCUCAGAAGACGGAGCCAGUGGCCCCGCCCCCUCUGAGCAGGAUCCCGGCCGACCCCUCUGAGCUGCCGCCGGACCGGCUGCACGUGGAGAUGGAGCUGUCCCCGGAUUCGCAGGUCACCCUCUACGGGCCCCUGCUCAAAGCCCUCGUCUCCGUCAAGGAGAACUACUUCGGCGAGGAUGACAUGUACACAGACUUCGAGGAGGCCGCCUCCAGCCCGGUGCUGUCCCACUCGCCCUCCUCCAGCUCGGGCUGGACGGCGCUGGGCAUGGACGAGAGCGGGCAGCGGGACGCGGACAGCCGGGCGGGUCACCCCCUGGCGCUGCGGCCCUGGGACAUCACCGUGCUCAUCAACCUGUACAAAGUUCACGCUCGGCUGCCCGUGCACUGCAGCACUGACGGACCUGACGGCCCCUCCGGCUUCCUCGAGAGGCUCUGCUUCGAACGCCAUCUGCUAAACGAGCUGGUGUCCCGUGGCGUGCCGUGCGAUAAUGGCGGCGUGAUCAAAUCCAUCUCCGGCUUGCUGGCAGUCUGCCUGCUGGCCCCGUGCAGCCGCCCGGCGGUUGACGGGCUUCUCCGCGAGGGACACCUGCGCCUGGCGGGACUGCAGAUGCGAGCCCACGCCAUGUUCUCAGCUGAGGGCCUCCCCAUGGACAGCGACACACUGGAAUAUGCCUGGCUCAUCGACCUGCAGGCAGCAGCUCUCACCGGCAAGGUCACCGUGCCUCAGUUGGCCAACCUGGCAGAGUGGGCUGGGCCCUUUCUGUUCCACGCGGUGUCCCGUGAGUUCCAGCUGGAGAGGCCCAAGCCCUCGCUGAUGUGCCAGCAUGGGGUGGACCAGCGCACCUGCGAUGCCAAGCUGGCCUCGCUGCCUGGACCCUGCCGUACCUCGGAGGAGCUGAAGUACACCAUGACCCGGCUGGCGGUGGACAGCACUGACCUGUUCCUUGUGGAGCACGGCUGCGCAGCCAGUAUCAAGACAAACGGCAUCCGUCUGGCCAACUGCAACCUGCACAACCAGGCAGUGGGCGAGGGCGUGAGUGCAGUGGUGCAGGAUGUGCAGCUGCGGCAGUACAUCGAGCAGCAGGACGGCGCCAGGCUCAGCCUGCAGCCUCCCCAGCUGCGGCGCCCCCUCUGGCUGGAGGCCGGCUCAGUGACCUUCGCUCUCCUGACGGCCGACAUUGCCCUGGCCGCCGACCACCCGGCCAAACACGAGGCACAGAGGCAGUUCCUGGAGCUGCAUGACGGCCGCACCAAGAGGCUAUGGUUCCUGUGGCCCGAGGACGUCCUGAGGAGCAAGCGCAGUCGUAACCGCUGCGGCUGCCUGGGCGGCUGCCGCUUCUUCGGGGGCACCGCCGUGGGUCUGGACUUCUUCCGCCUGGAGGACAUGACGCCCUCGAGCAGCUCAGCCUUCUCCAGCUCCAGCGCCGAGACGGACAUGUGCUACGGCCAGUCGCUGCUGCAGCCCGGCGAGUGGAUCGUCACCAAGGAGACGCCCAAGCUCGUCGACGCUUCGGGAAGGUGCAGCGGGGCGAGGAGGGAGGGCCCCUCACCAGCUUUGGAGCACGAGCAUAAGGUCCAGCACCUCAGCCUCCAGGUCCCCCGGAAUUCCCACAGCUCUGCCUCAUCCUCCGAGGACAACAGCUCCUCCAGUGCUGCGCUGCCCCUACUGGCCGCCGAGAGGGAUAGCCCCUCCCCGGGCCCUGAGGACCGGCCCCCACCGCCAUACCCUCCCCCUGUCAGACCCAACAGUGAGGCCGGUGCCGUCAAUGGGGAAGUUGCUGGAGAUCCUUCUGAGAGUACACCGGUCUCUCCCAACGGUGGCCAGGAGUGGGCGCCGCUGCGCUCGCCCCUCCGCUCACCGCUGAAGCGCCAGUCCUCCGUCCACUCGGCCCGCCUGGGCAGCACUAAGAGUCUGUCGGCGGCAGUGUUCGCGGACCGGCUGCCAGCGCCCACCGGCGUGCAGUUCAGCGGCGACGUCUCCCGCAGCGACGAGAACGUGCUGGACUCGCCGCGGCAACGUCGCAGCUACGGCUCCUUUCCAUUCACGCCGUCGGCCGACUCCAGCACCUUCCACCAGUAUCGCUCCAUGGACUCCAGCAUGUCCGUGGCUGACAGCGAGGCUUACUUCUCCGCUGCUGAGGAGUUCGAGCCCAUCAGCAGCGACGAGGGCCCCGGCACCUACCCGGGGAGGAAGAGGAAGAGGAGGCAGCAGAUCGGCUACAGUCGCAGCUCUAUCUACCACAGCGUGGAAGGACCCCUUGCCUACAUGCUCAAUGGCGAAAUGAUCAUGGAGCCCCGCCCCCUGCCCAUCCCCAGUCUCGCCUCCCAAGCGUCCUUCGUCUCUGCCUUGGGCAUCGAGGAAGAGGGUAACGUAGAAGUGGAGAAGACCCCUGAGCCAGGCCUGGUCACGUCCAAGCCUCACGUCAUGGCUUGCUACCAGAGCUACCUGGCCCACUAUCAGGUUUCCAACUGGUCGGUCAAGCAGCCCACCAAUAAGAGGACGUCAAAGUCCUCUCUGCACCGCCCACUCGACUUGGACACGCCCACCAGCGAGGAGAGCUCUGCUUCUUUUGACCAGCUCUCCAUUCCAGUGUUUAAGGUUCUCAGACCAGGCCUCUCCGCCAGUUCCCUGCUGGACAGAGGUGUCCAGCUAAUGGGAGGCUCAAAUAGCACACCGUACACGCCCCUGGAGAAAAAGUGUACGGAGACCACAGAUGAGGACACCACCACAGACGACUGGAGCCUGGACCAGCCGCUGACCCAGACCCGGACCACUGCCAUCGUGGAGGUGAAGGGAGCUGUCGACGUGGUGCUUACCCCGUUAGUGGCAGAAGCUCUGGACCGCUACAUCGAGGCGAUGGUCCACUUCGUGAGCAUCCGUCACCCAGCCGCAAUCCUGGAUGACCUUCACGGCCGGGUGCUGAACGAGGCCUAUCAAAUCAGCAAGUCCACAGUGUUAGACUCUAGUUCUGGGAAGCAUGAACACAAGUCAGCCAAGACGGAGGGCACCACCCUGGGCUCUUUGACAUCUCCUCCUGGCCAGACAGACCUGUCAGCCAAGCAAGACAACGUGAAGAUCAAGGGUCUGCAGGCUAAUGUGUCCAUCCCCAAGGUGAACCUUUGUCUGCUCCAGGCCUCUGUGGAGGAGGCCUCACUAUCCAGCUGCACCAAGAGCCUGACACACGUGUCCCUGGUAGCCCUGUGCUUUGACCGUGUCGCCAUGCAGCUGCGCAUGAACAGGGGCAUCGUGGAGGAGACGCCUAACGGCACUGAACAUGGACGACCCACGGUGACGUUCGAGAAGUAUUCCUCGGCCUCAAAGAUGCAGCCACAGUCCUCCGGGUCACUGCGCUCCAACGCUGGUGUGGAGAAGGGCAAGGAGAUCGCCGCCAAGCUCAACGUGCACCGAAUCCACGGGCAGCUGCGAGGCCUCGACGCCCCAGACAUUGGCACCUGCGCCAUCACGGCCAUCCCCUUCGAGAAAUCCAAGGUGCUCUUCAGCUUGGAGGAGCUGGACGAGCUGACCUACGUGGACGAGACGGACCCACAGGGCAACACCGACCCGACCCGCUCCAGCACCACCCUAGAAAAGUGGGGCUGGAUCAUGUUUGAGUGCGGUAUCGAGAACCUCACCAUCAAGGGGGGGCGCCAGUCUGGGGCCGUGCUGUACAGCGCCUUCAGCGUGAUGGGCAAGGCGGACGGCAACGGGAAGACGGGGUCCUCCAAGCCCAAUGGCUCCACCGGCUCCCAGCCGGGCAGCGGUUACAGCACCGAUGUGUCCGAGGACGACUUCCCACGCGACGCGACCAGCCCAUCGGACGACGUCAACGGCAACUCCGACUCGGAUGAGCAGGAUGAAGGGGUGGAGUCAGAUGAGCUGAAGAAGGACCUCCCCCUCAUGCCGCCGCCCCCCGACUCCAGCAGCAUGAAGCUGACCAUCAGGGAGAUCUGGUUCAGCUUCGCUGCACCCACCAACGUCCGCUCCCCCGCUCAGGCCUUCUCCAGGCAGCUGAACCUCCUGAGCACGGCCACACCCGGCAUCGGUGCUUGGCUCGUGCCCGUGGACCAGCUGAAGUCGUCCCUCUGCAAGCUGGACACCGAAUCCACGCUGCGCAUCUGUGCCGUCAUGGGCUGCAUCAUGACGGAGGCCCUAGAGAAGAAGAGCAUCCACAUCCCCAUCCGCAGCAAGUACAACCGAGUGAGCAAGCGGGCGCGGUACCUGCACGAGAGCCCGUCCUGCCUGCUCUGCAACAUCCUGCACCGUUACCUGCAGCAGGCCGACUACGGCGUCAUCGAGGAGGCCACCAUGAAUGACGGGCUGCCCGCUCUGGUGACUCUGAAGAAGGGGCUGGUGGCACUGGCUCGCCAGUGGAUGAAGUUCAUCGUGGUGACCCAGGGCUUUAAGGCAGUGGGGCUGAUGCGGCCCGCCCAGCCGCCCAAGCCCAGCGAGCCCUCACCCCAUCCUGACGGCGGGCCGGGCCUGCAGAGCGACACCAGCGCUGAUGGAGCCGAGUUUGAGUUUGAUGCAGCUGCAGUGAGUGAACACACCAUGCUGCUGGAAGGGGCCUGUAAUCGCCCUCCCCAAAGUGGGGGCAACUCUGGGCCUGUCAGUGGGGUGGAAAUUAUGAGAAAGCUCUCCAAGUCGCACACCCACAGCGAGUCUGCUCUCAGGAUCAAGGGCUCGCACCCGUACCAGUCCCUGAGCUACACCAGUGGCGACACCGCGGCCGACUCCCCAGCCCACGUGGGUCGGCCCCCGCCCCUGGCCCAGCCUAAGGACAGCCCCCGCAAGGAGAGCCUGCUCAGCUACCUGACGGGCAGCUUCCCCAGCCUGCACAAUCUACUGGAGGGCACACCACAAAGGAGCAGCUCUCUGACGCGCGGGGGUAGGCCGCAUGCCGGGGGGGAAUGGCCUGCAGGGGGCAGCUGGCACCUCAGCAUGCGCCGAGUGCCUCCCAGCCUUCGCCGCUUCGUCACGGCGCUAAAAGUUCAAGUGGUCUUCAAGCCCCUGCUUAGCCACACUGGCAUCCAAUCCCAGGACGCCACGCCGCUGAGUUACAAGAUGUACUUUGGCGAGCAUCUCUCCUUCUCUGGGACCCUGGAGUGCUUGCGGGCGGACAUUGUGGACUCAGACACUUCUAAAGAGAGGAAGCACAAGCGGUCCAGAAGGCCAGGAGCAGUGAACCUCCCUCCCCUGGAGUUCAAACCGGCUCUCAUGAUCGAGACGUUCAGCCUGAACACGGUGGCCAUGGAGAAGUCAAUGAGCACGCCACAGAACUCCACCAGCGCCCUUUCAUUUCACGACCUCAAUCGGCGCCACUACAACACCUUCCACUGUAAUUUCACCAUCUCCUGCCAGUCCAUCAGCCAGCACGUGGACAUGGCGCUGGUGCGCCUAGUGCACCAGUUCAGCACCAUGGUCGACGACAUCAAGGCCACGCAGACCGACAUCAAGCUGAGCCGCUACACAGCCGGCUCGGCCUCCCCCACACCAACCUUCAAAGCUCGCGCUCCACGUGACUUCCGCUCCUCUGACUUCAGCCGGAGCUCUCGCGGUAGCCUCAACGGCACCAUCCGGGCCGGCAACCUCAAGAACAAGCGUGGUGUUGCCGGGAUCAGUGGGCCUGGCCUGGACACGCUGGGCCGGAGGGAAGCUCGCGCCAGGGGCUCCCUGGGUCGCCCCGAGCGCCGGACCUCCAGGGUGUCGCGCAAGGGCUCCCGCGAUGCUGCCGACCACACUGCUGUUCAGAUGGAUGACUCCGACUCCAUCACCGUGUCAGAGCAGAGCGAGCCCUCGGCCGAGUGCUGGCAGAACAUGUACAAGCUACUCAACUUCUACUCUCUUAUCUCGGACCCCACGGGCAUCCUGGAGACUACUUCCCCCGAGAACUGCCUUGCAGAUGUUGGGCGUAGUCCAUCAGACGGCAACUGCCGCGUGGUCUUCGAGAACGAGCAGGAGCCGUCCAGCCCGGGCAGGCCAGGCCGGCGGCGCAGUGUUGGCAACACGGAGCCGCAGCACGUGACACUCAUCGUGUUCGGCGUGGGCAUGGUCAACCGCACCCACCUGGAGGCUGAUAUUGGCGGCCUGACCAUGGAGGCUGAGCUCAAGAAGAUUCAUGGCAGCUUCACACUGAAGGAGAAAAUGAAAGAUAUCUUGCAUCAGAAGAUGACGGAGACGUGCGCGUCUGCACACAUCGGGGGGGUGAACAUCGUUCUGCUGGAGGGCAUAACCCCGAACAUACAACUGGAGGAUUUCCCUACAUCUCCUACCAGCACAGAAAAACAAGAAUUUCUAACGGUGGUGAAGUGCAACAUCGCCAAGUCGCAGGCGCUGUACAGCGCGCAGCGCGGCAUCAAGACCAACAACGCGGCAGUGUGCAAGGUGGGCACCAUCAUCAUCAACAUCCCGCAGCAUCCCGCCACGCUGCACAGCAUGAUGGUCCGCAGCUCCCACCAGCUCUCCAAGCAGAUCUCGGACCUGAUCCGCCAGCCCGCUGCCGCGCCGCCGCCCAACCGGGAGGACACGUCCACCCCCCAGCAGUCAGACCGGACGUCGUCCAGCAUGAACCAGACGCCGGUGGAGGCCAACGAGUUCCCCCAACUGCCCGAGGGGCUGGAGAAGAAGCCCAUAGUACUGAAAUUCAGCGCCCUGCUGGACGGCAUCAGCAUCGGGGCGGCACUGCUGCCCUCGCUCAAGGCCGAGUACAAGAUGGGCCGCAUGAAGAGCCAUGGCAUGACCGGCGCCCAGACGCGGUUCACGUUCGAGCUGCCAAUCCACAAACUGAGGUUUGUGUCCAAGGUGUCCCCAGUGGACAUGUCCACCAUCCCUUCCUCAGCCACCCUCACCCUGCCACCGGUCACCAUGUCUGGGGAGUACAUCAUGGAGGAGCGGGAAAGCCAUCUAGACCAGUCCUGGGCUGCUGAUGAUUGCCCUGCCAAGCAGGGCAAUUAUCUCCAGGGCAACUAUCUCCGCUGUGAGGCAGAGAUCGGCUCAUUUGAGCACAACCUGACUACCGAUCUCCUCAACCACUUGGUAUUCUUGCAGAAGGUCUUCAUGAAGGAAGUGAAUGAAGUCAUCCAGAAAGUCUCAGGUGGAGAGCAACCCAUUCCCCUGUGGAACGAGCAUGACAUCUCAACAGAGGGCGACAAACCCAAGAUCCUCCUAUACUCACUCAACCUGAUGUUUAAAGGGAUCCAAAUGACAGCCACCACCCCUUCUAUGCGGGCGGUCCGCUUCGAGACAGGCCUGAUCGAAUUGGAGCUCUCCAACCGGAUUCAGAGCAAGGCCCAACCUGGCAGUAGCAGCUACCUCAAGCUCUUUGGGAAGUGCCAGGUGGACCUCAACCUCGCGCUGGGCCAGAUCGUCAAGCACCAGGUGUACGAGGAAGCCGGCUCGGACUUUCAUCAGGUGGCGUACUUCCGGACACGCAUCGGCCUGCGGAAUGCCCUGCAGGAGGAGAUCAGUUGUUCCUCAGACAAGGAGGCCGUGCUCAUCACCUUAAAUCGACCGAUUGUGUUUGCCCAGCCUGUGGCAUUCGACCGAGCCGUGCUCUUCUGGCUAAACUACAAGGCUGCAUACGACAACUGGAAUGAGCAGCGACUGGCGCUGAACAAGGACAUCCACGUGGCCACCAGGGAGGUGGUGGACAAGCUGCCUGGCAUCCAGCAGACCUCCGCCCAGGCCUUCAGCACCCUCUUCCUGCAGCUCACUGUCAACGAUCUGGGAAUAUGCCUGCCCAUCACCAGCACCUCUCAGGCCAAUCACAGCGUGGACUUCGACGCUGGUUCAGCCUUGGUGCUGACCAUCGAGAGCACGCUCAUCACCGCCUGCUCCUCAGAAUCGCUGGUCAGCAAGGGCCACUUCAAGAACUUCUGCAUCCGCUUCGCAGAGGGCUUUGAGACGUCCUGGGACGACUGGAAGCCCGAAGUGAGGGGAGACCUUGUAAUGAAUGCGUGUGUGGUUCCAGAUGGCACGUAUGAAGUAUGCUCCAGAACUACAGGCCAGGCAUCAGCAGAGAGCAGCAGCGCAGGAACCUGGACACUGAACGUCCUGUGGAAGAUGUGCGGCAUUGACGUCCACAUGGACCCCAACAUCGGCAAACGCCUCAACGCCCUUGGGAACACGCUGACCUCGCUGACCGGCGAGGAGGAAGUGGACGACAUUGCCGACCUCAGCUCUGUCAACAUGGCCGACCUGUCGGAUGAGGACGAGGCGGACGGCAUGUUCCCCCCUGUUCACACGGAACCCGUCGAUUACAGGCGGCAGGUCGCUCUGGGGAACCAGAUGGGUGAUGCACGAGGACGCAAGAUGACCAAGAGGCUCGUGGACAUCAGGGAGCUCAAUGAGCAGGCCAAGGUCAUCGACGACCUCAAGAAGCUGGGAGCAAGCGAGGGCACCAUUAACCAGGAAAUCCAGCGCUACCAGCAGCUGGAGUCAGUGGCGGUGAACGACAUCAGGAGGGACGUGAGGAAGAAGCUGAGAAGGUCCAGCAUGAGGGCUGCAUCUUUGAAGGACAAAUGGGGUCUGGGGUACAAGCCAAGUAACCGAUCAAAGAGCAUUUCCACCACUGGAAGGCCCCCUUUGAAGAAGAUGGAAAGGGCGAGCUCUCGAAUAGGAGAUGUGGAUGACCUGCCAGACAUCCGGGUGGAUGCCUCGUCUCCAGGUCCACGGGUCACCUUCAACAUUCAGGACACGUUUCCAGAGGAGUCCGAAAUGGACCUGUUGUCAGUCGCCAUCGACGAGCCCCCCCAUCCUCAUUUUUCGCCCAUUAGCGACGAGACGCAUUCCGUGUUCAGCGCCCCAGGCACCCCCGCUGUCUUCUCACCCAGCCUUCCAUUCCAGCCCGAGGAUAACAGGCAUGAUGACAGCCCCUCUUCCUCCUCCACCGACUCCGACAAGGACGAGGAGCUCGACAGAGAGAAACAGACCUGCUUCUACAGGAGGCCCUUACAGCCGUCCCGUAAAAAGUCGUCCGGCUUUGCGGCGGUGAGCCAGCUGUUCAGCGAGCGCUGGCCAGGAACGCCCACCAACCGGAGCGUGAUGAGCUCCGCCACGGAAAGGAACAUUGACUUUGAGCUGGACAUCCGCGUGGAGAUCGACAGUGGGAAGUGUGUGCUGCACCCCACCAUGGCCCAGCCCGAGCAUGAUGAGGUCUCCUUCAGGAGAAGCUGUGACCGAAACCUAAGGAGUCUGGAUCACGAAUCUCCACCAAAGAAGAAGAAGCUUCAGCCAGCCUGCACCUCCACAGUCCACCUGCUGGCUGGCAAGAAAGCGCCUUCUUCUCUGCAGACUAAAUCCACAGACUCCGAGAAUACCGUCUUCUACAUCCCUGGAGUGGAUGUGAAGCUGCACUACAAUUCAAAGACGCUGAAGACCGACUCGCCAAACGCCUCCCGUGGAUCCUCCCUGCCCAGGACGCUGUCGAAAGAGUCCAAGCUGUAUGGUAUGAAAGAUAGCAGCACUCCCAGUCCUCCCAGUCCUCCCAGUCCAGCCCAAAGCAAGACUAAUACACUCCUUCCUCCCCCUGCCCCAGCAAUUCCAUCAGCCAAAGGCAAAGGCAGUGGAGGUAUGAAGACGGCCAAGCUGUAUGCAUGGGUGGCCCUGCAGACAUUGCCUGAGGAGAUGGUGAUCAGCCCCUGCCUGCUGGACUUCCUGGAGAAGGCCUUGGAAACCAUCCCCAUCACGCCUGUGGAGAGGAACUAUACCGCCAUGAACUCUCAGGAUGAGGAUGUGGGCCCUUUUGAGCCAGUGGACGCCCUGGAGGAAUCGACCACUUCCCUGGUGUCCUCCUCAACAUCAGCCUACUCCUCUUUCCCGGUCGACGUUGUAGUUUACGUCCGAGUACAGCCUUCUCAGAUCCGCUUCAGCUGCCUGCCUAUGUCAAGGGUGGAAUGCAUGCUGAAGCUACCAUCCCUUGACUUGGUCUUCUCGUCCAAUCGCGGCGAGCUGGAGCUGCCUGGCUCUGUUCACCAGAACGAGGGACCCCACCCAACCCUUUCGGGGUCCCCGCUCGCCCACAGUGUCCUCAAAGUCUCCACUACCAAGGCUUCCUCCCCGGGGCUGGGCAGCCCCCUGGGCAGAAGCAGGCACAGCAGUAGCCAGUCGGACCUGACAGGACCCCCCAGCAACUCCUCCGGUCUCAGCUUCACAGCCUGCAUGUCCGACUUCUCGCUCUAUGUGUUCCAUCCGUAUGGGGCUGGCAAGCAGAAAUCGACAGUCGCCGGUCGACCCCCGGGACCCUUGGGCUCAGUAGAUGAGGAACCCUCCUCAGUGACUGGAAGAAAAGAUUCCCUCAGCAUCAACCUGGAGUUUGUGAAGGUCAGUCUGUCCAGGAUGCGCCGCACUGGAGGGCUCACUUUCAUCGAGAGCUUUGUCCCCUGCAAGGGGGGAAAAAUGGACGCCACCCUCAUUAACAUCUCAGCUGUGUGUGAUAUUGGCUCCGCCUCCUUGAAAUAUGACAUGAGGAGGCUGAGUGAGAUACUAGCCUUUCCCCGGGCUUGGUAUCGCCGGAGCAUCGCACGCCGCCUCUUCCUGGGGGACCAGACCAUCAACCUGCCAGCAUCAGGCCCGGCCACGCCCGACUCUGUAGAGAACGUGGCCCAGCACCUGUCGCCAGACUCCACACGGAAGGCCUACUGGCGGACCUGGGACCAAGCCAACCAGUCGUGCUCCUUCCAGCACAUGCCCCAGUCGCCGAGCGUGUUCGGGGAACAUUCCAGCAACAUGUCUCCCGGGCCGCUGGCCCACCUCAGAUCCCCCGCCGCCGCCCGCUCCCGCAGCGUCUCCGACUCUUCUGUGCCUAGGAGAGAUUCUGUCUCCAAGGUUGCCACGCCUUCCUUCAAUAGGAACAACAAGGUGGGUGCCCAGCAGGGGGCGCCGUGGGAGACGCUGGUGGUGUUUGCCAUCAACCUCAAGCAGCUCAAUGUGCAGAUGAACAUGAGCAACGUCAUGGGAAAUAACACGUGGACCACCAGCGGGCUGAAGAGCCAGGGCCGGCUGUCCGUGGGCAGCAACAGGGACCGGGAGAUCAGCAUGUCCGUGGGGCUGGGAAGGUCCCGGCUGGACUCCAAGGGAGGCGUGGUGGGGGGGAACAUCGACGUGAACACCCUGGAGAUGGUCUCUCAUAUCUCCGAGCACCCCAACCAGCAGCCCAGCCACAAGAUCCAGGUGACAAUGGGCUCCACCGAAGCUCGAGUCGACUACAUGGGCUCCAGCAUCCUCAUGGGCGUCUUCAGCAAUGCUGACCUUCAGCUGCAGGAUGAGUGGAAAGUCAACCUCUGCAACACCAUGGACACCAGCCUGUCAGAGAAAAGCGAGAUCUUUGUCCAUGGCGAUCUUCAGUGGGACAUCUUUCAAGUGAUCAUCUCCCGUUCCACCACACCCGACCUCAUCAAGAUUGGCGUGAAGCUACAAGAGUUCUUCACGCAGCAGUUUGACACCAGCAAGCGAGCUUUGUCCACAUGGAGUCCAGUCCCCUACAUGCCCCCCAAAGCCCCACCUGCCAGUGCUGAGAAGGGAAAUACUGAGAUGUACAUGGACGCGGCUCACCAUCGACACUGGCCCAACGUGUUGAAGGUCAUCGCCGGCUGCCACAUCUCACUCUUCCAGAUGCCCCUACCGGAGGAUGCCGUGCAACUGGGAGGCUCCAUGAGUCUCCACGGCAACCACAUGACUCUGGCCUGCUUUCAUGGUCCCAACUUUCGUGCUAAGUCCUGGGCAUUGUUUCAUUUAGAGGAGCCCAACAUCGCCUUCUGGACUGAGGCUCAAAAGAUAUGGGAAGAUGGAUCCAGCGACAACUCAACCUACAUUGUGCAGACCUUGGAUUUCCACCUUGGCCACAACACCAUGGUGACCAAACCUUGUGGAGCCUUGGAGAGCCCUAUGGCCACCAUCACCAAGAUCACCCGGCGGCGACAUGAGAACCCCCCACACGGGGUCGCCAGCAUCAAGGAAUGGUUCAGCUAUGUCACUGCCAUGAGAAAUGAAGAGCUGAACCUCCUGCGAAACGUGGAUGGCAGCGUCCCCCAGAGUAGCACGGCGGCGAAGACCUCCAGCCUGCUAAGCGGCUUCCGCGGCUCAUCCAGCUACAACCACGAGACAGAAACCAUCUUUGCCCUCCCCCGGAUGCAACUUGAUUUCAAGUCCAUCCACGUGCAGGACCCCGUUGAGCCCUCACUCACAGAUACCAGCAGCAGACCCAAGGUUGAGUGCAGUGUGGUGACGGAGUUCACGGACCACAUAUGUGUCACAAUGGAUGCUGAGCUUAUCAUGUUCCUGCAUGACCUGGUAUCAGCCUACCUGAAGGAGAAGGAGAAAGCGCUCUUUGCCCCACGGGCUUUUGCCACCCGCCCUGGUCAGAAGAGCCCCACCGCCCUCCAAGACGAAUCCUCCACGUCCACCUCUGACAGGGAGAGAGAGGAUGCUGUGAACUAUACCACUGUCGACUGGAGAGAGUUCAUGUGCAACACCUGGCAUCUGGAGCCUACCCUCAGGUUGAUAUCCUGGACUGGGCGAAAAAUUGACCCUGUUGGCGUGGACUACAUCCUACAGAAACUGGGCUUCCAUCACGCAAGGACAACCAUUCCCAAGUGGCUCCAGAGGGGGGUGAUGGAUCCCCUGGACAAAGUCCUCUCUGUUCUGAUCAAGAAGCUCGGCACGGCUCUGCAGGAUGAGAAGGAAAGGAAGGGAAGAGACAAGGAUGAACACUGACACAAAGACCUCAACAUUCCUACACAUUAACACACAACUUAAGCCUGAAUGUCAACUGUGAAAUCACUACUAUAUAAAUCCAAGUUUACAUCGACCUCUGAAUAUAUUUUUCAUUACUCUAGUGUAUGUUUUUCCACAAACACUACUAAGCACUGGACCAUGUGACUUUGACCAUCUGUAGAUGUUUACUAUAGUGCAUGCUGCCAUUUGACAGUGUUAUGUAUAUUUUGAACAAAAAAAGGUUAAAAUGAUCAGUUACUGCUUAAAGUUAAUUUCUAAAUGAUGUUCAAUAGACUAAUGUACAUAAAAUGUGUAUUGACUAAUGUGAAUUUAAAUGGUUCUGAUUUCUAACGUGCAUAAUAUAUGCGUUGCCAUUA